AUUAAAACCUUCGAUCGAAGAGUAGUUUGUGGAGACUGAGACUUUAUGUAAACAUUUAGAAUUAAGACACGAAUUAUGACGGCGGAGGAAAGUAAAGAGUACAUGGCGAAGACGGAGGUUCAUCAGCUUUUUGAGGGAAUGCUGACUGGCUUGCUGUAUCACAAACCUGAGGAUCAUUUGGCUUUCCUGGAAAAUUGCAUUUCCCUUGCUAAAACAGAAAAGGAUAUAAAGUGGAACUCUUUCCUUGAUGUCAGCAAGAAGCCCCUGCCACCUAUCCCGAAAACAGAUGGUCCAAUCAAGUCUGAAGCAGGAGAUGAAAUCCGCACAUUUACCACUGAACCAGAAAUGAAACAGAAACAACCACUUCCUCCAAUUAAUGGGACUGCUCAUCCAUCCAUUGAUGAAGACGACAAGGAGUUGACUGAGAAAAAUAUUUUGACAUCUGAAUCUGAUGAGGAGGUGGACGUGGAGUUUUCUGGUCAAAGGAUUGUGUUUGUUCUUGGAGGGCCAGGCUCUGGUAAAGGAACUCAAUGUGCUCGAAUUGUUGGGGAAUUUGGUUAUGUUCACUUAUCAGCUGGUGACCUCCUAAGAAAGGAGGUGGCAAAAGGAAACAAAAGGGGACAGAUGAUUGAAGAUAUCAUGAAGGAGGGGAAACUUGUUCCUCAGGAGAUCACAAUUGAACUGUUGAGAGAUGCUAUGAGACAACACAAGGAUUGUCCUGGAUUUCUCAUCGAUGGCUUUCCAAGAGAAAUACAGCAAGGAUUGCAAUUUGAGCAAGAGGUUGUGGAAAGUGACUUCCUCCUUUUCUUCGAGUGCAGCGAGGAGGUCAUGGAACAGCGAUUACUUAAGCGAAGUGAAACUAGUGAGCGGCCUGACGACAACAUCGAGACGAUCAAAAAGCGUUUCACGACGUUCGUUGAGAAGACGUUGCCUGUUAUUGGGCAUUAUGAAGAGCUCAGCAAAGUGAAAAAGAUUGAUGCGAAUCGUAGCGUGGAUGAGGUGUUUUCAGAAGUGCGAGCUCUAUUUGGGGCAUUACCUCCAAAGCAAGUGCAGAAAAUUAGGAGAAAGAAGAAGAAAGUUGCUAGCAACGAAGAGGAAGAUGAAUACGAAUUUGUAGAGUUCUCUGGCCAAAGGAUCGUCUUUGUUUUAGGUGGUCCUGGGUCUGGUAAAGGAACUCAGUGUAGUCGUGUUGUGGAGAAGUUUGGUUAUACUCACUUAUCAACAGGAGAUUUACUACGAGCGGAGAUCGAAGGAGGCGGAGAAAGGGGACAAAAACUUGCUAAAAUAAUGGAGGAAGGAAACCUUGUUCCACAGGAAGUAGUUAUUCAACUUUUGAAGGAUGCCAUGUUGAAGCAUCCAGACUCACCUGGAUUUCUUAUUGAUGGUUUUCCUCGCGAAAUUUCUCAAGGCGUACAGUUUGAAGAAGAGGUAGUAGAGUGCCACUUUAUCCUUUUCUUUGAAUGCAGUGAGGAAGUCAUGGAAGAGAGACUUAUCAAAAGAGGAGAGACCAGUGGAAGGGUUGAUGAUAACGCGGAAACAAUAAAGAAACGAUUCAGGACUUUUAUGGAAAAGACCGUGCCAGUACUGGAGAAAUAUGAACAGCAAAACAAAGUUAAACGAGUGGACGCCUCACGUUCUGUAGAUGAGGUCUUUCUGGACGUUUGUGCAAUUUUUGGAGACCUCCCCAAACUUGAAAAGAAGAGAAGAAAGAAAGUUAAAAAAGCCGAGAGUGGUGAUGAUUCCGAGUAUGACGAGCUUGCCGAAGCCGUGGACGACUUGUCCCGAGUAGUGGACGGAAAGCCGAUCAGGUUAAGACGAAAGAAGAAAAAGAGGAAGGAAGAAGAAGACGAGUAUUCAAGAAACCCUGUAUUUGAACAGCCGAUUGUUGCCGAAGAGUUUAUUCCGCUAAUGGACGAUAGUAUUGCGAAAACCGAUGGCAAGGGAUUGUUGAAUGUUCGGGUUAUAUUUGUCAUAGGUGGACCUGGAUCAGGCAAAGGAACUCAAUGCCAGCGUAUUGCUGAAAAGUUCGGUUAUACCCAUCUGUCGACUGGAGAUUUACUCCGAGAAGAGGUCCAAUCUGACUCACCAAGAAGUAAGGAGUUGAUACAAAUCAUGCAGAAAGGAGAACUGAUUCCUACGAGGGUGAUUCUGGAGUUAUUACGGGUUGCCAUGGUGAACAUUCCGAACACCAAAGGGUUCAUCGUUGAUGGGUUUCCAAGGGAAAUAGAACAAGGAAAAGAAUUUGAAAACGAAAUCGCGGCGUGUGAGUUUGUGCUAUACUUUGAGUGUUCCCCUGACACGAUGAGACAGCGGCUUCUGCAGCGAGGAGAAACAAGCGGUCGCGUUGAUGACAAUGAAGAGACGAUCGUCAAAAGAUUGAAAACGUUUGAUAACGAAACAAAGCCAGUCAUUGAAUGCUACGAGGCUCAAAACAAAGUUAAGAAGAUAUUGGCCGAAGGUUCACCUGAUGAAGUCUUCACUCAAGUCAGUAACAUCUUUGAAAAUCUUCCAAACCGCAAAACAACAUCACUUCACGACUAUGACGUCACGUUUAUCACAGGUCCGCCCGGUGCGGGAAAGGCAGACUUGGCUCGAACAUUAGCUGACGCGACAGGAAGGACACAUUUGUCGGUUGGUCUCAUCUUAAGAGAAGAGGCGAAACAGGAGACAGAGCAAGGCCAAUCGAUCAAGGAAGCCAUCAAGACGGGAAUGUUAGUAGCUACGGAUCUUGUGUUAUUACUUUUGACAAAGAUGCUUGAGAAAGAAGAAAAGAAUUUGAAUGGUUACUGCAUAGACGGCUACCCACGAACAGAGGAACAGCUCGAUCAGUUUAAACAAAAGGUGUCCGAUUAUAACAGAGUAAUUUUUAUAGAAGGCGAGGAUGCGGAGAUUGAGCGAGUUCUGAAGGAGAGAGGAGAAGCCUCAGAGAGAGAAGAUGACACAGAAGUCAUAUCGAAAACAAAACUGGAGGUUUACAAUGGAAACACACGACCAAUAAGUGAUAGUUUGGGAGACUCUGACAAAGCACUUAAGGUUUCUGCGGCCCUACCUAAAGAGGAAGUAGUGGAAGAUAUCAGAUUGAAGCUAAUGGCAGUAACAGAGUUGUCAUCCUAGGAAAAAAAAAAUCCGGCGCUCAAAUACUAUAUGUACAUAUGUGUAGAUUGCGAAUUUGACACUCCACUGCUAUACACUCGGUACAUACUCGUUAAAACUGAUUUAUACUAUA